UGAGAGAGAGGAGGGGACUACUGCUUCUAAAAUGAGUCUCUCUGGUGAGAGAGAGGAGGGGACUACUGCUUCUAAAAUUAGCCUCUCUGGGGAGAGAGGGGAGGAGACCACUGCCUCUAAAAUGACUCAAGACACCAGUUCUAAGAGUGUCCAGAAGCCCAGAGCAGAGUCACCUACAACCAGCCUGCUAUCAAUGAAGAGUGAUCAGACACCUGCUUUCAGCCAGGAACCAUUACAAGAUGACAAUAAGGAAGUGGAGAGUUUGGACAGUGAGGAUGCAUUAAAGAUCACACACAACCUUCUGGACAGAAGAAGUCAAACUCUGCUGACAGUCCAACAAGACAUUAAGGCUAAACUGAAACACAAGUAUCAACACAUAUCUGAAGGAAUUGGACACCAUGGAAACCAAAGUCUGUUCAAGGACAUCUACACAGAGCUCUACAUCACAGAGGGUGGAAGUGGAGGGCUCAAUAAUGAACAUGAGGUUAGACAGAUAGAGAUGGCAUCCAAGAAACAAACCACACAAGAGACAUCAAUCAAAUGCAACGACAUCUUCAAGCCUUUACCUGGACAAGACAAACCUAUCAGAACUGUGCUGACAAAAGGAAUCGCUGGCAUUGGAAAAACAGUCUCUGUGCAGAAGGUCAUCCUUGACUGGGCAGAGGGAAAAGCAAAUCAGGACGUUCAUUUCAUGUUUCCUCUUCCUUUCCGUGAUCUGAACCUGAAAAAGGAGCAAUACAGUCUGAUGCAACUUCUUUCCUACUACUUCUCAGAGCUGAAAGAGAUUGACAGCAUUGAAGAUGGUGAAACCAAAACUGUUUUCAUUUUUGAUGGUCUGGAUGAGUGUCGACUUCCUCUAGACUUCAAAAACAAUGAGAAAUGCUGUGAUGUCACGAAGCCAACCUCAGUGGACGUGCUGCUGACAAACCUCAUCAAGAGGAAUCUGCUUCCCUCUGCUCUCCUCUGGGUAACCUCAAGGCCUGCAGCAGCCAAUCAGAUCCCUCCUGAGUGUGUUGACCAGGUGACAGAGGUACGAGGGUUCAAUGAUCCACAGAAGGAGGAGUAUUUCAGGAAGAAAAUCACAGAUCAGAAUAUGGCCAAUGAUAUCAUCAAACACAUGAAGACAUCAAGGAGCCUCCACAUCAUGUGCCACAUGCCAGUCUUCUGUUGGAUAUCAGCCACUGUCCUUGAGAUGAUACUGAAAGAGGCAUGGAAGGAUGAAGUCCCCAAAACUCUGACCCAGAUGUACUCACACUUCAUACUCAUCCAAAUCAUCGUGAAGAACAGGAAGUACAACAAAGCCACAGAGACAAACCCAAAGGAACUGUCUCAGUCAGACAAAGAGAUGAUCCUGAAACUGGCAAAGCUGGCUUUCCAACAGCUGCAGAAGGGCAACCUGAUCUUCUAUGAGGAGGACCUGAGAGAGUGUGGCCUUGAUGUCACAGAGGCAUCAGAGUACUCAGCAUUGUGUACAGAGAUCUUUAAAGAAGAAUCUGGGCUGUACCAAGAGAAGGUCUACAGCUUUCUGCAUCUGAGCAUUCAGGAGUUUCUAGCAGCAGUGCAUGCUUUAGAAUCAUGUCUGGGCAAGAAGGAAAAUGUUUUCUCCCCCAAAGCAGUCACUAGUGAUGAUGAUGAUGAAGAUAAGGAGUCAAUCAUAAAAGCAGUCACUAGUGAUGAUGAAGAAGAGUCAAUCAUAAAAGCAGUCACUAGUGAUGAUGAAGAGGAGUCAAUCAUAAAAGCAGUCACUAGUGAUGAUGAAGAGGAGUCAAUCAUAAAAGCAAUCACUAGUUAUGAUGAAGAGGAGUCAAUCAUAAAAGCAGUCACUAGUGAUGAUGAAGAGGAGUCAAUCAUAAAAGCAGUCACUAGUGAUGAUGAAGAGGAGUCAAUCAUAAAAGCAGUCACUAGUUAUGAUGAAGAGAAGGAGUCAAUCAUAAAAGCAGUCACUAGUUAUGAUGAUGACGAUUACUGUGAUUAUGGUGAUGAUGAUUACAAUCAUGAUGAAGACGAGAAGGAUGAUGAAGAGGAGUCAAUCCAGUUGUCUGACUUACACAGUAGAGCAGUGGACCAGGCCUUAAAGAGUAAGAAUGGACACCUGGACCUGUUCCUCCGCUUCCUUCUGGGUCUCUCACUGGAGUCCAAUCAGAAUCUGUUACGAGGCCUUCUGACACAGACAGGAAGUACAACACAGACCAAUGAGGAAACAGUUGAGAGAACAGUUGAGUACCUUUCAGAUAAGAUCGUGGAGGAAUCCUCACCAGAAAGGAUCAUCAACUUGUUCCACUGUCUGAAUGAACUUGGUGACAACUCUCUAGUUGAAGACAUGCAGAGCUCCCUGCGAUCAGGAACUCUUUCAGAAACAAGACUUAAACCUGACCAAUGUUCAGCCCUGGCCUACCUGUUACUGAUGUCAGAGGAGGUGCUGGAGGAGUUUGACCUGAAGACAUACACCACAUCAGAGGAAGGUUAUCAGAGGUUGCUGCCGGUAGUGAAAACCUGCAAGAGAGCACUGUAA